AUGAUUGCUCCUUUCUGGAGUUACUGGAACACCACAAAAAGUGGCGUCAUCUCUUACCGUCAAGUGACCAGUGGCGGUGAUCUCCAACAGGCCACCAGUGACAUAAACCAGUACUUUCCUCAGCUGAACUUCACUGCUACCUGGGUCUUCAUUGUCACGUGGGACAGUGUGGCCUUCAAUAACAUGGACACAGAAACCUCUUUCCAGGUGGUUCUGAUUUCAGAUGGGAAUCAAUCCUUUGUACUAAUGAACUACGGGAGAAUAUCUUCUGUGAUUUAUAGUAUGCAGGCUGGCUUUGUCACUGCAGACUCAAUGAUUUACUUCAGUAUGAUGGAAUAUAGCUCAUACACAGAUCUAACUUUCAGCAGCAAUGUCAAUGUUAAAGGGCGCUGGGUCUUUCAAACCAACAUCAAUUAUGAAAAAGGACCAUUUCUUCCAUUUGGCACCAAUAAUGGAGAUACACAGCAAUACAUUCCAAAAAACUUUUACCCGUUUGGUCCAAACAAUGGAGACACAGUGAACCCAGCUGUGGACGAUGGAAGUUCCUCUGUAAUUCUAUUAAAUGAGACUUUUCAGUUCUUUGGAUCAAACCACAACCAACUUUAUGUGAACAACAAUGGUUUCCUGACCUUUGAUCAACCAGUGAGCAGUCCCUACUCUUCGAUGUUUCAGUCUGGCUAUGACAUCAUUGCUCCUUCAUGGAGUAACUGGAACACCACAAAAAGUGGCAUCAUCUCUUACCGUCAAGUGACCAGUGGCGGUGAUCUCCAACAGGCCACCAGUGACAUAAACCAGUACUUUCCUCAGCUGAACUUCACUGCUACCUGGGUCUUCAUUGCCACAUGGGAUAAUGUGGCCUUCUACAACAUGGACACAGUAAGGACAGACACCUCUUUCCAGGUGGUUCUGAUUUCAGAUGGCAAUCACUCUUUUGUACUAAUGAACUAUGGGCGAAUCUCUUCUGUGAUCUCAUAUUUGCAGGCUGGCUUUGUCACUGCAGACUCAAUGAUUUACUUCAAUAUCCUGCAGUACAGCUCAUACACAGAUCUAACUUUCAGCAGCAAUGUCAAUGUUAAAGGGCGCUGGGUCUUUCAAACCAACAUCAAUUAUGAAAAAGUGACCAGUGGCAGUGUCCUUGAACAGGCCACUAGUGAUAUACUCCAGUACUUUCCUGAGCUGAACUUCACCGCUACCUGGGUCUUCAUUGUCACAUGGAACGUGAUGGAAUAUUACCCAACAAUGGGCAAUAACACAAUGUUUCAGGUGGUUUUGGUCUCUGAUGGACAUUUGUCUUUCAUCAUGAUGAAUUAUGGAAACCUUGCACCAAAAACUCAAAGCGUCCAGGUUGGAUAUGACACAUUUAAUUCAACCAAUUAUUUCAACAUGCCUGAGUCUUUUCAAAGCAACAUCACCAGCUUGUCUUUCACCAGUAAUGUGAAUGUAACAGGUCGCUGGGUGUUUCGCACCGAUUCCUGUCCUAAUAACUGUCUGUUCCAAGAAAACUUUUACCCAUUUGGUCCAAACAAUGGAGACACAGUGAACCCAGCUGUGGAUGAUGGAAGUUCCUCUGUAAUUCUAUUAAAUGAGACUUUUCAGUUCUUUGGAUCAGACCACAACCAGCUUUAUGUGAACAACAAUGGUUUCCUGACCUUUGACCAACCAGUGAGCAAUUCUUACCCUUCAAUGUUUCAGUCUGGCUAUGAUAUCAUUGCUCCUUUAUGGAGUAACUGGAACACCACAAAAAGUGGCGUCAUCUCUUACCGUCAAGCGACCAGUGGCGGUGACCUCCAACAGGCCACCAGUGACAUAAACCAGUACUUUCCUCAGCUGAACUUCACUGCUACCUGGGUCUUCAUUGCCACAUGGGACAGCGUGGCCUAUGGCAACAUGGACACACCUUAG